UACAGCUUUCACUAGCGGAAGAUUUUGUUCCGCUUUAGAAGGCUGUUGCCAAGCAUUUGUAAACCGAAUCCCUUUGUAAACAAUGAGAGAGUGAAGAGUUUUGAAGAAGAGAAAUGAUGACCUGCUAAAUUAACAUAUAAUACAUCGUAAAAAUGUACUCAUUUGAUUUGUUUUAGCUAAACCAACAUUUGAAAGAACAUUUGAAAUGGCCACUGGCCAUAUAUUACCUGGAUAUGGACAAACAGUAACCAAUCUAAGAAGAGCUCGUUCUGCAGGUAGAUAUCCGCUUGAUACCUUCGCUCUUCUUGAAUUUCAAAAAUCAUCCCGUUUAUCUCAGCACGAAUUUGAUCAAAUACGUGCAAAUGCAAGACAGCUUUGGAGCAAUAGAACUCCAAAGCCUACCACAUAUGAUACAUAUUUUAGUGGUGGGGAAAUACUAGAAAUAACACAAGCACAGGUUCGACCUACAUCUGGUCAUCGUCGUAAUAAUCCACACCCACCACAGUAAGUAAAUCGGUUAAUUUAUUUUUAAAAAUUAUGAAACCUGCAUAGUUAUCAUUAAAAAUUCUUUAAUGGUGUAAUAAUUACAUUAUUGGAUAUUCUAUGUGUGGCAAUGUGCCACUAUUUGCAACUGCUUUUAGGUAACAUUUUAUAUGCGGCAGUAGGGAACAGAUAAGAAUAAGAGAAUCCACUCUCAUAGUCAUAGUGUGACUGCUAUGGGUAACCCCAAGCACGGACACAUCCAUGGUCAUUUAAAGUAACACACAGCUGUGUACUGGCCUUAAAAUUUUUUGUUGGUUAUUUACACGCCGGAAUAACCAUCCCUGCCCCGGGGUUGACCCAUGGUCAGCUCGGGACGCGGGUUCCCUGUGACUGUGUGUGGAGGGGGGGAGUGAACUGGGACUUGGAGUGUGUACAUUUGUUAGAUUGUGGUGUGUAACGGAUGCGUCGGGUCGGCGGCAGGUGUGAGAGAUUUUCCUGUCGGCUCAGUCAACGGAUUGUACCUUACAUUAAAAAGCUAUAGUUCUCAGACCUGAUUGUUUUAUUGUGAUUUUAUUUAAACUGUAAGCUACGUCACCACUCGGCUACAUAUGAAUUCUAUGAGGCAUGAACCGUGAUCAUUUAUGGUGAGAUGUUAUGAAAUUAAAAACAGAAAAGCUUUCUUACUUUCUAGUUCUAGGGGCCAUCCAUAAAUGAUAAUGAUGCCCUCAUGCAAAUGUUGCUGAUUUUUUCCCUCCCCACUUCGAUCAUCAAAAAAGUUAGACAGCCUCAAAUUUAAUAUACAAACUUCUGCACCCGCACCCCACCCACCCCCCCCAAUAAAAUCAAUCUGUCCUCUACUGUCCUUUACAAACCCUCACCAAAAUCACCUCCCAUAGAUAUUGGAUAUGAAAUCAUUGCACCUGUGUCAAAAACAUAGAACAAUGGUUCUUAAACAGGGUGAAAGUGCAGAAGACUCAUAAAAUAAAUGUCAUUUGCUGACAUUAAUAGUUGUUUCUGCCAAAAGUCAAUGUUUUUUUUUCUGUUGAAUUUUGUUUGCGCAUUACUGGUAUUACCGGUAUGUCUUUUGUCUAGAAAGUUAGCUUAACAAAUUAAACGACAAGAAAUAAAUUAUUGAAUUGUUAUCAAUUUUAACAUUUUAUAACAAUUUAGUUUAUAUGGGGGUGGGGGUUUGUGAGAAAUGCUUAGAAGUAGAAGUUUAGAGGGGAUGUCGCACUGUGAAAAAUUUAAGAAUUUUAAUUACGGGUACUAGCCUAGAACAUUUACUAAAAUCACCCCCACCCCCUCCAGUCCAACAUUUUUCAUUCCAUCUCAAUUCACAUGGUAGCCCCAAUUCUAUGAUUCCUGUCACCACAUUUUGAUAGUAUAUUUUAAUGUACCAGUAAUGAAAUGUAGGCCUUAAACAGUCUCAUCAAACGGCCCAUUAUUUGCUAGGUGUUUGGGCUGUAAUGAUGAGAAAUGCUGCCCCUAAAAUCCAAACAACAAGCUUUAUUUUGAGAAUAUCAACGUGAGAAAGCGAUACUUAAUUCUGACAACUGUCAAAGUCACUACACCCUGAUUCUGUGGCAUUCUGUAACUUGAUCAGAGGCCAUUUCUCUGACCUUUCAUGCAUGAACUGUUUCUCUCUGUGAUCUUAGCUUGAAAAUAAAAUAAUUAUAAUUAUUGUAUGAAUGUUAAAAAGGUCUGUAAUUUAGUGUUUUUAAGUGCAUUUUUUAACUACAAUGUUCUGCUUUUAAUGUGACGUCACAUUGCUGAUGAAAUAUGAACACAUUAUAUAGGUCAAACCAUACAUUAAUUAUUAUAUAAUUAAAACCUAAUUUCUUGAAAUUAUUUAUAAAUUAAUUUAUCCAAGGUCAGAAUGGGUUAAAAUAUUUCCUGCUAGUUUCCAGCCAAAAUUAAAAUAUACAAACAAAUUCACCACAAUGAUUUAACAAUGAGUGUGGAAUGGUCCCAUAUGAAUUAUGAUAAUACACUUUGUUGUUUUUUGUUUUUUUUAAAAACGCACAUCCCAUCCAGCUCAAAAUUUUGAGUCAAAUACAAUAAGCUUUUGACCCAUCUUGUUUGACCUUUGCUGGCGAAUUAUAUAUAUAGAUAAUUAUUAGUGUGGAAGCAACAAAUUAGUUAGGGAUAUAAGGUUUAGUGACAUUACACAAAGCUUAUUGUAUUUGACUCAAAAUUUUAAAUUUGGUUUAAAUUCAGAGUUUGCCUUCUCUUAGAUGGGUUGCCGUCCAAGGCUAACGAGUCCCAUCCACCCGGAAUGCUUGAAAUGUUGACUUUGGUGGGGAUUGAACUCCGGACCACCAGCCAUUUGGUUUGAGACAGUUUAGACCGCUCGGCCACCCAGCAUGUACCAGUAAUCAAAUGUAGGCCUUAAACAGUUUCAUCAAACAGCCCAUUAUUUGCUAGGUGUUUGGGCUGUAAUGAUGAGAAAUGCUGCCCCUAAAAUCCAAACAACAAGCUUUAUUUUGAGAAUAUCGACUUGAGAAAGCGAUACUUAAUUAUUUUUUUUAUUUAGCAUUCUAAUUUCUAAAAAAUUAUAAAAUUUCAGAAUAUUUCUGACUAACAGACUUCAUUAUAUUGGAAACGCAGAUAAAACACAAGAAGAUAAAGGUGAACAGACUUUUGUUUUAUUUUUAUUUCUCAAUUUAAUUGUCUGUCAACUAUUGGUUUGUUUAUUACAAAGAAUACCAAAGGUAAACCUUGCUAGAUUUAUUAAAAAUAUGCACAAUAUUAUUGUUUCCAGUUAUAUAUGUCCUUUAUGAACAUUAAAACUUUUUUUUCUUUCUUAGAAGAAGAUAAUCCUGCAACCAAAGAAGAAAAACUACUGAAUCAGAGAAAGUAUGUAGGCCAUUAUGAUUCAGCAUUCCUGAACCAGUAUAAAGAUACUAAUGUGAGUUUUAUGAUUGCAUCAAGCUCUUCCUAUAAUUUUCCCUAUAUAAAAUAUAAUGAAAAUCAGUUUAAAAAUGUGUUUUUAAUAUGUUUACCUGCAGCAAUAUAUAUAUAUUUUUUUAUAUAUGUAUAGCCUAUAAUUGAGCAUAGUAAUUAGUAAAACAGAUGGUUUGAAAUUUUAGUCUUUAGUUUUAACUGGGGAAAUAAUAUAAAUACAGAUUAUUUUUAUUGUUAAUAAUAAAUAAGUAAUUAUAAGUUUUAAAUUUAACUUGUGUUCCAGGGCUUUAAGAACAUUUUACCUCCUAGACAAGCACAGGCAGCAGAGGCCUGGGUCAAGCUUGCUGAUGAUAUAGGUGUGCACUCAAAAUUUCAUUAAAUUACUAAAUCCUGUCAAAGUUGUAGGCAGACUGCCACAUUUUUAACAAUUAUAAAAAUUUUUAUUGUGGUUGAUAAAUUGAAAAUAAUAAAAUUCUAAAAGUAAAAUUGUAAUAGAUUACCUAUUUUAAUGAAUAUCAUCAUUUAGCCCUGAUAAUUGAGAAUAAGAAACAAUAUUAUUAUUUGUCAUUUCUCAUUCUAGAUAAAGAAAGAGUAUUUGACAUUGUUAGAGACCAUGAAGAUUGGAAAAGCUUUCAGGUGAAUUAAAAAAAACUGUUCAAAUAAAUUGGUUAUGUUAAGAAGCUGCUUUUCACCAAAUUAAGUUCAAUUUUUAUUUUAUUUUUAUCAUUGCUUUUUAUUACCAGGUGAAGUGAAAAAAAAAAAAAAAAAAGCUCAAAACUUAAAAACUGUAAUUGAUUAAUGUCAACUAUUAACUGACAUUUUCAAAUUUGAAUUAUCAUUUAUAACAUAGGCACUGGGCAGACUUGAUUUUGUAUUGUUAUAUCUCUACUGUUUCAGGAGGAAAAAUUGGUAAGGCGUCCAAAAACAGCUUAUCCUUCCCUUCAAAGGUGGAUGAAGUUCAGCGGUGCAGAAGGUAAUUACACUGAAUACAAUAAAACAUGGCACACUCAAGACAUAAAACAUGCAUUAAAAACUAUAUUUUGGUUUUUCCAUUCAUGAAAUACAAAUUUAUCAUCAAAUGAAGUUCAAUUGCUUUUUAAAGUCAAUAACUAACAGAAGAUUACCUGUCUUUUAUUUCCAUUGCUUUUUGUUCAGGGGUGGAGAACCAUUUAAAUUGUCAACUAUUUUGAAACAAAAUUUGGUCAAGAACCAACCCGAAAAAUAAUAGUUGUGUCUUUUAAGCAUGUGAAAAACCUUUUCAAAUAGCAAAUCACAUAAGAGAUAAAGAAUAUGGAAUUGGUAGGAGUAAUUUUGUAAAACAUUAAUAACUGAACUAAUAGUAAAAUGUAGUGAAAUAUUCUCUAAAUAGAUCCAUUCUACCUAGAAAAAGUUAAAUACCGGCAUUCAAUUUAUGACAUGACAAGUUCUCAUACUGCAAAAAUCAUAGUAACAAUAUUUUACUUGUAGACAAACUAAAAUGUUAAUUUGGAUUUCACUGUAAGAGGAAAUAUUUUCAAAGGCAAAAAAUUAUUUCAUUGCAUGACAUAGUUGUCCUUAAAAUGACACAUUAUACACCCAAAAAAAACAAACAUGUUACUAAACCAAUUUUUUCCCUUGAAGGUGAAUCAAACUUUUAUAAGGUAUACUAUUAUAUUAUUAAUGUGAACUUAAAAAUUUUUUUUUUUUAAUUUUAAAAUUUCUGUUUGGAAAUAUAAAUAUUUCUUUCAGAAAAUGAGGCAACCUCUCAAACAAUGAUGAAAUCAAACCCCUUAAUUAAAUAUGAAGACUCUUCAUAUUAUGACCAAAAGAGAAGGGACAGCACUUCUGCUGGACAAACUUAUCAGUACCCAAGGAUAAGACGUGGAGAUUAUAGCAUACAUCCUGGCUGGCCUUCAUCUCUUCCUCAUCACAGGGUUCCAUAAACAUUUCCAAGUUGCUUUGUAAUAAAAUGCAGUUUCUAAAUUAAACCUUUAUGAUCAUAUGAAGUAAUUUUAAAAAAAUUAAUGUAUGCAUAAAAUAGGAAAGAAAUGUUUAAAAUAUGUCAAGGGUAAGGAAAAAGCAAGGCUUGAAUUUAAUUUUUUUUUUUACAUUGGUAGAGUUCAGUUAUGAUAAUACCACUUAGGUAAGCGUAAUUUAGCCACAUCUUAAUUAUUUUGUGGGUAAACCAGGGUUGGACAAAUUUUUUGUAAAUGGCUUACAUUUUAAGUUAAGCUCAAAACACAAAAAAUUUAUUUUUGGAGAGGGGUGGGGGCCACAUUAAGGGAUAAAUAAAGAUAUUUGCACAAUGGCACAGCACAUGGGAGCUAAUGUUCUUUAAUAUAUUUUGACCCUAUAGAUCAUUUUCUCUUCUUCACCGCAAUAUAAUGAGUUCAUUUAUUGAUUUAUACUAUACAUUUGAUGGUAAGUUAUGUCGAUUACAUAAGCAUAGAUUUGAGAGAGGAAACAAUAGUACUUAGAAGCAGGUGGUCUCUGGUUAUAAGUGUCAAUGCAUUAUACUAAAUUAUAGUAGGGGUUAGGAGUCUCAUUGAUAUUAUAACUGCCUAUGUAUGUAAAAAUUAAAUGUUAAUAUUUGUUGCAAUUUGCAAAAGUAAGCUAGUGAUAGUCACUGAUAGGAGAUUCAAUUUUUGGUAGGAACGUUGCGUUACAAGGUUAUAAGUGAAAGUACUGCAUAAUUAAUAGUUCCUGCAGAGGUAAUCAAGCAGGGUACGAAUGCAACUAUAGAUGAGUGACACAUGCGGAUCCAAUGUAGUGCAUUCUUUGAAAUUUUAAAUACUUUGAAAUGUAAUGGAUUCCAAGCUCCUGAGCCUUACAAAGAGUUUGUGGGCCAGAUUUGGCCGACGGGAUGAGGUUUGCUAACCGCUGAUGUAAAUUUAUAACAAAACGUUCAGUUUUUUUCAAUACCGGUAAUAUUUAUUUGGAGAUAUGUUGUUUUUUUUCGUACAACCAAUAUAUUUAAAACUGUAACUUUAAGCCAAACAUUACAUGUACCAGUACAUGUUAUUUAGAUUUAAUUUUAAGAAAUUCAAAUGACUGUUCCCUUAAUGAUUGAAUAGCUCAGGUAAGAGUUCAUAAUUACCUAAUUUUUUAUGUAUACACUACAUAGUUUAGGUACUUUAAUUUAUGUAACAGUUUUGUCCUUUAGUAAUGUCAAACAAGGACUUUUUAGAUAUGUAAAUGAUUACAUGUAAUAUAAUUAUAUCAUAGAAGGUUUAGGAUAAGCCUUACCAGACUUUUUAGGAUUAGCCUUACCAGACGUAACUAUUUACAUAGGUUAACAGUACAUGUUCCAUUAAUGAAUGUUUUAAUGUAAUACUGUGAAAUUUUUUUAAAUCGGGGGUGUCCAAAAUUACCAUGGCUCUAUACAAUCAUGAGAUUAUCGUUGACAGCCCCAAUAAACCUUGGACACCCUUGUUUUAACGAUUGUCAUCCAAUCGCCUUUAUAUGUUAUUUGGGUAUGGGUACUACAAUUUUAAUUCACCACAAAAAUUAUCAUUACUGCUAUUCUGGCUAUGCAGUCAGAUCCGGUUUAAUAAAUACAAAUGCUUCUGUAGACACCAUGAAUUCUUUGAAAAUUGCUGCAUUAGUUCACAAUGAAGUCAGUUGCAUCUUGUUUCUACAACAACACGGCAUUAUACAUGCUGUCAGACGAUGUGCUAACAACCACAAAGUUAACUGAAUGCCAAUACUCAAGGCAUUGAACAUAUGUGGAAAUUGGCAAAAGAGAGCACACACAGAAAUAUGCUCAAUUCUUAUUUGUGUGGGUUCAUUUUGCGUCGAUGUUUUAAAGUAAAUGGUUUGAAUAUAUUCAACCCCAUUGUAGACGAUAUUGUUCAAAUUUGGCCACCACAGUAGUGGAAUAAUUAAAAAUUUUUGCAUUGAUUUAAAGGUUUUUAUUCAAAAGAACAUUUGUUUUAUUGGAAGUAUGAAUAAUAUUUUUUGCGGUGAAUUAAAAUUGAAGUACCAUUAUUUGUGUGAACAUGAUUCUCCAUUCAUUUAUCUUUUAAUUAAAGAAGCUAAUGUUAUUCAUGACAUUUUCCCAGGUUUUAUAUCAUUGAGUUAGUGUCUUGACUUUAAUUUACUUAAAUCCAAGAAUAAAUAACAACCAUCAGAAGCACUGGAUUUAAAAUAUUCAAGAACAAGUUUU